CGGGGUCGGAAGGGGACUCCUGGCGGGGAGCUGAGCGCCUGGAGCUGGGGUGCGGGCACUGGAGCAGCGGCUCUCCGCACUAACUCUCCUCGCCUCAUCAGCGGGGCCCCUGCCUCAGAGCCCGGCAACUUGCGGCCGUCGCCCGUGCAGCCUGAGUGCCCCUUGUCUCCCCUGCACGUUUCGCGCCCCGCGCGCCCCGUCUGGCCGCCGCGAUGAGCGAGCUUAACACCAAAACAUCCCCAGCAACCAACCAGGCAGCUGGCCCAGAGGAAAAGGGGAGAGCUGGCAAUGCCAAGAAGGCUGAGGAGGAGGAGGAGAUUGACAUUGAUCUGACGGCACCAGAAACAGAGAAGGCUGCCCUUGCUAUUCAGGGCAAGUUCCGGCGAUUCCAGAAAAAGAAAAAGGAUUCCAGUUCCUGAAUAACCAGCCUUACCCUUCACCUUGCUCCCUUCCCUCCCCUUCUCCACAGCUCUGACUCCCAUGUAUCUUUGUCUCCUUGUCCCUCAAGCUUCUCGUUGAGGCAAGUUCAACACUUAUACAUUAUUUUCUCUGGCCUCUCAAGCCAUCGCAGCCGCAGAGGCACAAGGAACACAGGGAAGAUGAAGAAUUCAACAGGCAGCCACUUGCUUAAGGGUGGAACGUUUUCUCCUUGGGAUACAGCUUCUUGACCAGUACCUGUGCCUGCUCUAUGAGGCUGAAGAGCAAGAGGAUUUGAGGUUGAGAGAGGGACCCCUGACGAUGUGGGAGGGAGGGAAAAGCCUUCAGAGUAGGGUGCCCGAGGGUGGGGCAUAUGUUCCACUGGUUACAGCAUUCACACUUCAGGUAGCAUUUUUUACCUUCACAUCCUUCUCAUCAGAACCUCAACUUCCCUCCUAUGAGCUAAGCCACAGUGGAGACUGGAGCCUCCCUUUCUCCUGGGCAGACCUAAAUCAAACUGCUCCCAUGUUAGUGCAUGCUGAGUAGAUUAGUUCCAAGGAAGGCCGACUGGGACUGGUAGAGACAAGGGCAAGUUUCCUUCAUCGUCUAGUCUAGAACCGUAAGGGGCAGAAGUGGAAGAGGUUCAAGGGGCCGCAGGCAGGGAAAUGGGAAGAUUUGGGAAGGAAAUCGCCAGUUGAUUUGGGAAGAAAAGAAAAGUGAAGGAGGAGGAGAUCUCUAAGGACACAAGUUACUGCUGGUAAAGGUGUACCAUAUGAAGGAUUCCUGGGGCUUUGUUAACCUGCCUACCUCUAACCCCUCAUGCCUAGCCACCCCCAGAGGCCACAAAAACCAAGUGACCCUUGUAGUUCCCACCUGCCCCAUGGUGGAGUCAGAGCAGAAGUGGAACAGCCACUCUAUGUGAUUUUAGCAUGUUUAAUAAUUAUGAAAACAAUAAACAAAAUCCUCAAGUGGG